AACCCCGUAACCAGAUUCAGCUCUCUUCACUUUCUUUCAAAUAAUGAACGAAAAAAAGAAUUGUGGAUGCUAGAAGUAACGAAUUUGUUUUGUGUAAAUUACAAGAAAGCCAUAGAAGAUCAGUGUGAGGACCUGUUAACGUGUGUAUAAGUAUUCUGUAGUUGUAUCUUCUCGUGUAUAGAUGUGUUCUAGAAUAACGGUAUAUACUAGUAUAUCAGAUUGUGUUAUGGAUUAUUAACCCCGCGGUUCUUAUGAGCUUUAAGAGGAUUAUUACAAGAUUUCUGGUUUGGUGGACAGCUGAUAGACCCCGUGGCGCCCUCUUCAGAACUGCCUGCUCAGAAGAGAACGAGCUUCUUAAUGCCAAUGCCAUCAAGAUGACGGAGGCCCCGUUUGGGAAAUCCGAUUCCGAGGAUGAUAUUGUGGAGGAUUAUGACGUGUUAGCUAUACGGACACCAUGUUGUCGCAACAGGACGGGGCUAGAAAAGUUUCUUAUGGCAGCAAUGUUAGUAGCUUUUGUCGUAAUAAUAGGAUUAGCAGUAGGAUUAACAAGGCCUAUAUUAAAAGAAGAGAAAAAACAUUGCAAGACGAAGGAAUGUAUUCAAGCUGCGAGUUCGAUUUUAGAGAAUAUGGAUCAAACGGCUCGACCGUGUAGCAACUUUUAUCAGUAUGCUUGUGGUGGUUGGGAGAAGAAGACACCGAUGCCUCCAGGUCAUCACAUGUGGGACAGAUUUCAACAACUAUCAGAACAGAAUCUCUACGUUUUGAAGAAUCUCAUAGAAAAACACGAACUUAAAACUGCAGCAGAGAAAAACGUCAAAUCUUUUUAUGAAAGUUGUAUGAUGACCACCAAUCAAGAUGUGGACCCGACUCUUCGUAAAUUCAGAGAUUUGAUAAAGAACGUCGGUGGUUGGUCCGUACCAGGAUCUCCGGGAGAAGAAACAACCAAUGACACGUGGUUAUUCAACGUAGCCCUGGAGAGUAUUCACAAAUUAGGAGCUUGGCCAUUAUUUGAAAUUAAGAUUGAGAUUGAUGAGUAUGCACCGUCUCAAAAACACAUUUUAAAGAUUGAUUUAGGAGAGACUAAUUUACCGUCGGAUUUAUUUCCUGUACCACGGACCGGUACCACACCUAUAUCUACCAACACUACAGUUAGCACAACACCUACACCUGUAAAAGUUACUGUUAAUAAAGAUAUAGCUGAGGUGAAAAGAGUAUUUCUGGACGAAACAACUCACCUGUUAAUGUUCUUUGGUUUAACCAAAGAUGAAGCUGCAACAAAAGCUCAGAAUUUACUAAAAUUGGAAGAGGCUAUAGCUUCGAUAAGUCCUAACAUGCCACAUUCUCAUGAUCCAAACUCGUUAUAUAAUUUAAAAACCAUUGAGAGUAUGGAAACAGAGUAUCCUAUCGUAGACUGGAUACAGUAUAUAAAUAGUUUAGGUUUUCGUGUGACUGGUUAUGAUGAAGUUGUCGUACUUCAUCCUCUAUAUCUUACACGAUUAUCACAUUUAACACAAGAUUAUAUGUCUACAAAUAAUACAAAACAAAUAUUAAGAGAUUAUAUGGUGCUGUCAUUAAUCCGAUCUAUUAAACCAUAUUUUGAUCCUAGAGUCUUUGAUUUUGAAGAAUCUGAAGAAGAUAGUAUGGUUGUACCGUGGGAGAGAUGUGCCUUCUAUACUAACCAAGCUUUAGGAUUUGCUACAGGUGCUAUUUAUGUACAUGGUACAACACAAGCCGACAAUGUAGACAAGAUCGAGAGAUUAAUAUCAUAUGUCAAAGAUGCCUUCAAAGAUUAUUUACUUAGAAAAUUUUGGAUGGAUGACGUUACAAAACAGAAAGCGGCUCAAAAGAUUGAUGACAUCAUAGAAAAAAUUAGUUAUCCAUCUUUUAUAUUAAAUUCUACAUUCUUAGACUCGUAUUAUAAAGAGUUUGUUGUUGUACCAGAUGACUGGUUUAAAAAUAUUUUACACUGGAGAAAGUUUCAACUUACCACAAACAAUAGAUUAUUAACUGAAAAACCCGACCGUAAACACAGUUGGAUACGACCACCAGUCACAGUAAACGCCUUUUAUUCUCCGAUUAAAAAUGAUAUCAUAUUUCCUAUCGCCAUGUUUCAUUUACCAUUUUACAUACCCGGAGGCCCACUAGCGAUGAAUUUUGGUGCUAUGGGUUCGGUUAUUGGACAUGAAAUCGCCCACGCAUUUGACAUUCAAGGUCGUAAACAUGAUAAUACAGGCAAGCUGGUAGAUUGGUGGGAUCCCAGCACCGCUGAAAAGUUUGCAAUAACGACAGAAUGUAUGAAAGACCAGUACAGUAAAAUAAAAAUACAGGAUUAUACAGUGAAUGGUAAUUUUACAUUAGAUGAAAAUAUUGCAGAUAAUGGUGGUCUAAGGGCAGCUAAUUUUGCUUAUCAAAUGUGGGUAGAAGAAAAUGGCGCAGAAUUACCUUUACCCGGAUUAAAUCUGACGAAUUAUCAAGUUUUCUUCAUUAGCUAUGCACAGAUGUACUGUUCUAAGUGGUCAAACUUAGGAUUAUUAAAACAUUUAUUAACAGACAAACAUAGUCCAGGAUUAGCCAGGGUUAACGGAGCUUUGACGAAUUCGAAAUCAUUUUCAUGGGCAUUUGACUGUUCGUACGAAAGUAACAUGAACUCUCGCGUGAAGUGUGAAGUAUGGUGAGACUUGAGUAGUCUGUGUAGGGGUGUACCGGGAGUGCUUCUCAUUCUUUAAAAGUGUGAUACGUUAAAAUAUAUUGGUCUGAAAUUAUACACAGCUUUAUUUCUUCAACUCCUGUGUUUAUUCAGCCAACAAUUUUCGAUGUGCGUUUGUAUUCUCUUUUGGUGUCAUAAACAUUGGAAUACUGCAACGUUUCCAGAAUUUGUUUAUUCCUUAAUUUCGUCAACAUUUACAACUUUUAAAAUCCCAGAAUUAAUCCAGAUUCAUUGACUAUAUUCAAAUCUAACAAUCCUAUGUUUUGUUAUUUAAGAACUAUGUCUUCCCUUUCCCGUCAAGCAGCUACCAUUCUGCCUACGCAAAUUUGAACAAAUGCCGCGUGAGAGAUCACGUGACACAUGCACGUGUUGUGAACUAAUCCUUGCCUAGUCUUCAAAUAUUAUGCAUUACAUUGUAAAUACUACGUAUUCAGUUGUUUUUUUAAUUUGUAAAUAAGAUGUAUAUAUUUCAUUUUCUACUUAAUUAAUUAAAUCAUUAUAAUGUAUAUAAAUAUAUAACUUAUACGCCUAAAAAGUAUUAUCUUUUUAUGGAGUGGCAUUUACGAUAUAAAUCUAAUUCUUAGAAAUCUAAUUCAGGGCCAUUUAAACAGGCCUUUUGUUGCCAUAAUAAGAAUUAGAAUUUUAUCGUGUCUUACAACGCGUAUUUUGAAAUGUCAAAAUGUUUACGAAACUAAACAGACCACUCGUACAAUCUGUUUUUAUUUUUAAACCUAUAUGAGCGUAAAGUAAAACUAACAAUAGAAAUUCAAACUGCAGAUUUUAAGGAAUGUAACGUGUAUUUUGAAAUGUCAAAAUGUUUACGAAACUAAACAGACUACAAUCUGCUUUUAUAUUUAAACGAAUAUGACCGUAAAGUAAAAGUGAUAAUGAAAAUACAAUAAAAUACAAAUUCACACCCCAAUAUUUAAGGAAGAAGCCAUACCCACAUACAUGUGUAAAUAGCUAAUUUACGAUAAUAAUAUGUAAGUUAGAAGUAAGCACAUUAGAACACCAGGUUAAGAUUUAGAAUUGUGUCGUGAAUGCCGCUCCAUAUGUUUAAGCUUACUAGCUUUCAAUUUAUUAAACCUAUUUGAGUUAUUUAUUUCAUUUAAUGUAAAAUAACGUUGUUAAAAGUUUCACUAAAUUUAUUUACAAGCUUUCAUUGCAUUGCCAUAUAACAGAUUGGAAUUUAAUCAUUGUAUUUAUGUACAUAUUUUCGCGCAGUAUACGAAUAAUGUCACAUUUGGCAAAUUAUUGCUGUCUGCGAUAUAACUACCGUGGAAGCAGACCACUAAACAUCAACGAGAAGAAGAUAAAAAUGACUGUGGGUCAGAAACUUUAAUUUUAAUUAUAUUUCAUCAUAAGUAAUUGUUUCAAUAUUGUAAGUAAUCUAAUAAUUUUAGCCUGGAGAUGCGCGCACCACUUCAUUCAUUUGUUGUACACUAUUUUAAUUUUUUUUAUGGAACUAAUUUUAAUGCUUAAAUUUGAUGUAAAAGUUUUUAAAUUUUUGAAUUUUAACUUUGAGAAAUAAAGUUAUUUUAUUAUAAA